GCGCUCCGGGCAGCUGCUGAGCCGGGGCUACCAGCCGGCUUGUAGUGCUCCCUCCGAGGUGCCUGCCGGAGUUAAUGUGCCCGGGUCGGCCAGGGCUAGAGCUGUCGCCGGUUCGGGGAAACUUGGGAUUCAGGACUCGCAGCAGGGGCGUCGGUUUGCGAUCGGGACUCGGCUACGAGGAUGGAAAUCCUGUAUGAAUGUGGAAGCCAUUAGCAGAGUAAUUGCUGUCUGUUACCAUGACAACCAGCCGCUGCAGUCACCUGCCCGAAGUGCUGCCAGACUGCACCGGCUCUGCUGCGCCCGUGGUGAAGACCGUGGAGGACUGUGGCAGCCUGGUGAAUGGGCAGCCGCAGUAUGUCAUGCAAGUUUCCGCUAAGGACGGGCAGCUGCUGUCAACAGUAGUGCGGACCCUUGCCACCCAGAGUCCUUUCAAUGACCGGCCGAUGUGCAGGAUCUGCCACGAGGGCAGCAGUCAAGAGGACUUGCUCUCUCCGUGUGAAUGUACAGGGACCUUGGGGACAAUUCAUCGGAGCUGCCUGGAACACUGGCUGUCGUCCUCAAACACCAGCUACUGUGAACUCUGCCACUUCAGGUUUGCAGUCGAGCGCAAACCCAGGCCGUUAGUGGAGUGGCUCAGAAACCCAGGUCCCCAGCACGAGAAGCGGACUCUGUUUGGAGACAUGGUGUGCUUCUUGUUCAUCACCCCGCUGGCCACCAUCUCGGGCUGGCUCUGCCUGCGGGGCGCUGUGGACCACCUGCACUUUAGCAGUCGGCUCGAAGCCGUCGGACUGAUUGCACUCACUGUUGCACUCUUCACUAUUUACCUCUUUUGGACACUAGUGUCAUUUAGGUACCACUGUCGAUUGUACAACGAAUGGCGUCGGACCAAUCAGAGGGUGAUUCUCCUCAUUCCAAAGUCUGUCAACAUCCCUUCUAACCAGCAGUCCCUGCUGGGCCUCCACUCUGUCAAGAGGAACUCAAAGGAGACAAUUGUUUGAUGUUUGUGUGUUUGGUUGGGUGGUUGAUUUGUUGUUUGGGGUUUGGAAGUUUCUGCACUGGGGCCAUGCACUGAGCCGCUCCCAAACCCUUCCUCAAGCCUGUGGGUCGAAGAACAUCCAGAGCCAUGUAAUCACAUCGCCCUAACCAACGGACUCCGCCCGAAGAAAGAGAAUGCUCUUUGACUUCAAAUCAUGGAUGCUGCAAUCAUAUGAUAUUUGCUAAGCUGCCAAACAUGUUUAUUUAGCAGAUAUGGAAUUUUCUGAACA